AUGGAUAAAGUUUUUCUUGUACUAUAUCGACUGGAUGUGACAUUAUUUCUCUUUCUCAAUGAUGAUUUCAUUUCAGCCAUCAACAAUACACGUUCUAUUGUCCGUCGAUCAUCGAAAGAAGCCGGUGCUCCAGCAGGCAUAGUUUACAUCGAUUCUCAUGUGAUAGCAGCAAACAAAGGUAACGUCAAUAGUGUAUCGUUUUAUGUUGAUCGAACAUGUGCUUUGGCUACUGUUGAAUUUGGUGCAUUCGAUCUGAUCGAUCGAAAUUUGGACUUGAACGAAGCUCGACUUGUUCUUACCCAUACAUCAGGCCCAUUGAAACUGGGUGUUACGAAAGCACUUAAACCUUAUAUGCAUCUGAUUACUAUUCGAUUGUGUAGUGAUAAAGCAGUUGAUAAUGUGAAUGAUGGAAGCUGUAAAGGUAGUCAAUUUCCUGUUCUUCCUCAUCAAUAUUUGGGUGUUCGUUCGGAUACAUGUCGACUUGGAUAUACUCUAACACCAGACAAUCAUCUUCUUGCUACAACAUGGAAACUGGCGGAUGUAUCGGAUCCAUUUGAUCAGCCAUAUCAAACAUUAAAUUAUAUACCAUCCGAUUAUACUAUUCUUCAAUCAGUAACAAUCAAUUCGUCAGAAUCAAAAAGUAACCAACGUAUAAGUGAGCUAAAAUCAACCACCAGCACUGCACCUCGCGUGCUCUUUAUUGGUUCAUAUCCACCUCGUCAAUGUGGUCUAGCUAAAUUCUUGGAAGAUUUAACAGAAAACUAUCCAAGUCCUUACAAUGUUGUCGCAGUUGAUGAACAGAAUAUGGAUCCAUCAAGUCGAAAUUAUUCUGACAAAGUUAUCUUUCGUCUCAACCAACAAAAUCGAGAUGCAUACUAUACAGUAGCUGAUAUAGUCAAUUCAGAAGCAUAUGAUGUUUUUAAUUUGCAACAUGAAUUUAAUCUGUAUGGUGGAAUGGUUGGUGAAUAUGUUAUAAAUCUUUUGGCCUCUAUAAAAAAACCUGUGAUCACCACAUUACACACAAUCCCUUCAAAUCCAAAUACUUUUUAUAUGAGUAUGACACGUGCUAUUUGUGUUAUAUCGACUCGUAUUAUCGUUUUAGCCGAAUGUGGUCGUCAACUUCUUAUUGAUGUUUAUGGAGUGAAUGCAGAAAAAAUUUCUGUUAUUCCACACGGUGUACCUGAUAGUUCAUUUGCUCAUUCAUUAGCUGAUGCCAAGACAAAAUUAGGUCUUGAAGCAAAUAUGCCAAUGAUGACUACAUUUGGUUUAUUACAUAGAAACAAGAACAUUGAAUUAGUUUUAAAAGCGAUGCAAAAAGUUGUCAAAUCAGUUCCAAAUGUAAUGUAUUUAAUCAUUGGUCAAACUCAUCCACUAGUUAAAAUAUUUGAAAAAGAGUCUUAUCGUCAAGAGCUUGAAAACAAUGUAACUGCAUAUGGUUUGACUAACAAUGUUCGUUUUAUUAAUAAAUAUGUGGAUGACAAUGAACUUCUUGCUUAUCUUGAUGCCACUGAUAUUUUUUUAACACCUUAUUCUAAUGAAGAUCAAUAUGUGAGUGGUACACUUUCUUGGGCAGUAGGUUUAGGCAAGGGUGUCAUUUCAACACCCUAUAUAUAUGCCAAGGAAUUAUUAGACAAUGGUCGUGGUUUUCUAACUCCAUUCAAUGAUCAUUUCUCAUUGAGUUCAUUGAUUAUUAACCUAUUUCAAAAUGAUGAUAUACUCAGCACAGCUCGUUACAAUGCCUAUGCAUUUGGUCGUCAAAUGAUCUGGCCCGUUGUAUGUGCUAGACUUCAGGAAAUCUUUGGUGAACUAGUUUCUUCUCCUUGA